AUGAAGCGUGUGAUAGUUUUGCUUUGUAUAGUAUCAAUAGCUAGUGCAAGGUUGCUGGGAAAACGACAAGAUUCACAGCAAACGCAGGAAAUACAGCCUAUACAUGUAUCUGCUAAACAGGUUCAGGAAGAGUUCCCUCAAGAGCAAAUAGUUCAACAGCAGCAUCCCGUAGAUCCAAUCGCUCAAAAACCCAUACCGAUCAAAUCUUCUGAAACACAGCAAGAAUCGAUCAUUCCACCUGGGCAAUCGGAUAAACGUACGAAAGAAAAAUUACAGACAAAGGAAAAGGAGCCAUUGCAACAACAAAUUCAACAAAAUCAAGAGCCCCCACAGAAGAUUCAAUAUGUUCCACAGAUUAAAACCCCACAAGUCAAAGAACACACUCCAGAGAAAGCAAAAUCUCAAUCACCUCAAGGACCUCCGAGUCAACAGAUCAAAACUCCUCCCCAGACGAAAUCUCCUCAAGGUCCUCCGAGUCAACAGAUCAAAACUCCUCCGCAGACAAAAUCUCCUCAAGGUCCUCCGAGCCAACAGAUAAAGACUCCUCCGCAGACGAAAUCUCCUCAAGGUCCUCCGAGUCAACAGAUCAAAACUCCUCCGCAGACGAAAUCUCCUCAAGGUCCUCCGAGUCAACAGAUCAAAACUCCUCCGCAGACGAAAUCUCCUCAAAGUCCUCCGAGUCAACAGAUCAACACUCCUCCCCAGACGAAAUCUCCUCAAGGUCCUCCGAGUCAACAGAUCAAGACUCCUCCACAGACGAAAUCUCCCCAAGGUCCUCCGAGUCAACAGAUAAAGACUCCUCCCCAGACGAAAUCUCCCCAAGGUCCUCCGAGUCAACAGAUCAAAACUCCUCCCCAGAAGAAAUCUCCUCAAGGUCCUCCGAGUCAACAGAUCAACACUCCUCCCCAGACGAAAUCUCCUCAAGGUCCUCCGAGUCAACAGAUCAAGACUCCUCCACAGACGAAAUCUCCCCAAGGUCCUCCGAGUCAACAGAUCAACACUCCUCCCCAGACGAAAUCUCCUCAAGGUCCUCCGAGUCAACAGAUCAACACUCCUCCCCGGACGAAAUCUCCUCAAGGUCCUCCGAGUCAACAGAUCAAGACUCCUCCCCAGACGAAAUCUCCCCAAGGUCCUCCGAGUCAACAGAUUAAGACUCCUCCACAGACGAAAUCUCCUCAAGCUCCUUCGAGUGAAAAACUUAAGACUCCUCCAGAACCAAAGUCUCCUCGUGCCGAGAUUGAAGGUGUUCCAGACACCAAAACCCCACAAACGCAGGUCAAAGGUAUUGCAGAGACGAAGUCUCCCCAAGGACCUCCGAAAGCGCAGAUUAAAGGUAUUUCAGAGACAAAGUCUCCACAAGGUACUCCAGCAGCGCAGAUCAAAGGUGUUCCAGAGACGAAAUCUCCUCAAGGACCGCCGAGUGCGCAGAUCAAAGGCAUUCCGGAGACAAAAUCUCCACGCGCUCAAGUCGAAGAGUUUCAAGUUCAGCAAGUUCAACAAACUAAACAACAGACGAAGGGUUAA